UUUUCUUGUUUUUUUUUGUUUUUUGGCAGCUCUUUUAUAUCAAUGGAUUUAGAGGAACAGAAGGCACGUUUAGUAGACACUGAGACCCCUGAUAAAAAGUUGACAAAUAAAGAAGCCAAGAAACGUAAAAUGGCAGACAUGUUGGAAAACCCUCAUUAUCUUGCUGCCAAACAACGUGAAAUUCCUCCCGAGAAGAGACUACGUCGUAGAAAAGACGGCGAUUUUAGAGACGUCGACGAUAUGCAUACGGCCAAUUACUACUUUGAAGACGAAAUGCGAAAAGUGAAGCCGUAUUACUUUGAAUACAAGUCGUUUGCCAAGGGCCGUUGGUUUGGUAGAACCAUUCUGGAAGUGUUUUCCUCUGAAUUCCGCGAUCGCAGUAUUGAUUAUUAUCGGUAUGCGAUUGAAAGAGGCUUAUUGACAGUGAAUGACAAGCAAGUGACGGUAGAGUACCUGAUUAAAAAUGGAGAUACGAUCGGCCACAAGAUUCAUCGCCAUGAGCCUCCAUGCACCGAUCAAGCCAUCAAGAUUGUGCAUGAGGAUCAGGAUUUAUUUGUGAUUGAUAAACCGGGAGGUAUCCCCGUUCAUCCUGCGGGAAGAUACCGACAUAAUUCCAUCAUUCAUGUCCUCAAGAAAGAACUGAAUAUUCCUCGCUUAUUCCCUUGUAAUAGGUUGGAUUUGCCUACAUCGGGUUUAAUGUUGAUUGCAAGAAAUUCCUCACGCGCACAAAAGAUUGAACGGGAAAUGUCGUCUGGGCAGAUCCAAAAGGAAUACAUUUGUCGAGUGGACGGUCGAUUCCCAGAUGGGGAGAUUGUGUGUGACGCACCUAUUAAAUGCAUCUCGCAUAAAAUGUCUGUCAAUUACGUGCAUGAGGAUGGCAAGUCGUCUGUGACGAAAUUCGAGCGAUUGAGUUAUAAUGGCAAGACGAGUACGGUGCGUUGUAAACCCAUGACGGGAAGAACACAUCAGAUUCGAGUGCAUUUGCGGUACCUGGGGUAUCCUAUUUCCAAUGAUCCGUUGUAUGGACAUGGCACGUCUUGGUCGCCCUUUAUUCGACCUGGUGAAAGAAUGGAGGAAAAAGAUGCGAGAUUAUUGGUGGAUAAAUUGUUUGAGUAUUCACCCAUGGAAGAUUGGGAUGAGCCUGAACCGCCUACGAUGAAAUUUGACGAUGUGGAGGAUGAUACCAAAUGCUCCGAGUGCAGUUGUUCCUUGAUCUUGGGGAAAAACUAUGAUCAAUUAUGUAUUUAUUUACACGCUUGGCGAUACAAGACAAAAGAUUGGGAGUACGAGACUGAACUUCCGUUUUGGGCAAAAGAAGAUUUUGAUGAUGCCAAUGCGCCUCUCAAAUAUAAAAAUACGCUGGCUUCAGAGUAAACAUAGAAAUGUAUUUUUUUUUUUUGUAUUGUUUUUUUCUCUUUUAUUUUUCUUUUUUUUUUUUUAAUUAAAUCACGAUUCAGCAAGCGUCAUC